GGUUCCUUUCUCUCUCUCGAUCACCCAAAACCUCAAUCUCUCUCUCACUCUCCGACUCAGACUCUCUGUCUCUCUUCGUUUGGCAGAAGCAAAUUUCACAUGCACACAAAUAUUACAGGGGUUCUCGCAAGAGAGUUCAAUAGAAAAUAUGGAUGAUCAUCUUGAAAAUGAUGAUUCCAUGUUGGCCAGAGAACGAGACCUUAAAUUUGAAGUUGAUAACGUUGAAGUCGUUCAUAGUUAUCCGGAUGAAAAAAGCUUUGAUAGAGGGCAUGAAUGUCAUGAGGAACUCAACGAACAUGAGCAAGCGAUUUCUCACUCACUAGAUGCAGACUUCAAAGAUCAAAUUCCAGAAUCUCCAGUAAAAUCUUAUCCUGUGCCUGUUGGUUUUGAUCAUGACAAUACCAUAGAAACAAAAGUUGAUUUUCAAGAGAGGACUCAGUCCACAUACGAUGGCAGUAAUCAUUACCAAGAAACUACAAACCAGGGAGCCGGAGAUUCUUACUUGGUUCGGUUUCCUCGUGCUGGAAGAGUAAGGAAUAUCAGCUCAGAGAAGUUACAGGAUGAUAUAGUUACAUCUUCCAUUCAUGGAAUAGAAAAGGAAGCUACUGAUAUACAAACAGGGCAGUCAUUAUCUUCUCCCAAAUCACACUGGUUGGAUAAUGAAUCAAACAAAGAUGACUCCCCAGAUGAGAACAGACUACGAGGAGUAACCCAGUCUGACCUUCAGUUUCAUGGUAGAUCAGCCAGCAGAUCAAUAUCUCCUAUGACUAGGAGAGAAAUGCCAAUUUCACCUGAAGGGUCUCCUCUGCCACUUCACUCUCUUCAUGACCAUGAGCAUAUAUCUUCUCAGCAAGGUUCUCCAGACCCAUCAUAUGAACCUCAAUCUCAUAGGCAGAGAAUUUCUUCACCUGAAAGGUCUGACGUGCAAGCAGGAGUUUUCUAUGAUCACUUAUCUCCUGUGAGGCAGACCUCUGCUUCUACGCAUGGCAUUCGACAAGAGCCCCCAGAAGACUGUUUUGUUGUGAAGCAUCUAUCUGCAUCCUUAAAGUCCCAUCACUCACCUCCAAAGUAUCGGAAAAGGAACAGAUUAGAGUCACAAUCACCCAUUCAGUGUAGACAUUCACCCACUCUGCAUAGAGGUUCACCCACUCGUCACAGAGUUUCACCCACUCGGCGCAGAGGUUCACCCACUCGGCACAGAGUUUCACCCACUCGGCGCAGAGGUUCACCCACUCGGCACAGAGUUUCACCCAUUCGACACAGAGGUUCACCCGCUCGACUUAGAGAUGCUCAUGCCUACCAGAGAGGUUAUCGUGAUAGAUAUCGAUCAAGGUCCCCAUAUUCAAAAUCCCAUAAUAGAUCAAGGUCCCCCCAUUCAAGAGCUCAUUAUAGGUCAAGAUCCCCUUAUUCAAGUGACCAUCAUAGAUUGACAAGCAAGCGAAGGCAGUCUCCAAGGCACAGGUCCUCUUACCCUGAACACCAUAAUUCUCAUCGCCCUUCUCCUAGAAGGACACGUUGGUCACCACCUGUUAAUAGGAAAACUGGAUUAGGGAAACCUGGUAGAAAUUUAUUUGUUGCAGGUUUCAGCUUCUUAACUUCAGAGAGAGAUUUGGAAAGGAAAUUUUCUAGGUAUGGCCGAGUGCAAGAUGUUCGUAUUGUUAGAGACAAGAGGUCCGGAGAUUCACGUGGAUUUGGGUUCUUGACCUUGGAAAGUGAUGAACAUGCUGAUGCGGCAAUCAGAGCUCUAGAUGAGACUGAGUGGAAUGGUCGGAUUAUUCUUGUGGAAAAAUCGAAAAGUUGAGGAACCUUGCAUUGAUAACCUUAUCGCAGCUAGAUAUUGGAACCUAUUUCGGUUGGUUAAUUUGUAGUUUACUGAAGUUAAUACUAAUCCCCCAGAAUCACAGUAAUCACCUAUAUAGCAUAUAUAAAGUUGGGAAGUUCAGUAU